AUGGAGAAUGAAAGGGAGAAGGAAGUUGUGGGGGCGGACACGGUCGGAACGGGAUCUGGGAAGUCUUGCAAAAUUAGGAAGACCAAUAAGAGCAUCCAGAAAAAGGGGUGUCCAAAGAAAAAUAAGAAGGAACAUGCAAAGUACAAUAAUGGAGAGGUAAUCAAGGUAGUGAAAAAUUGCAAGCACAAUGAUAGCAUUUUCGACUUUAUCGAUGGUAGUUAUAGAAAGUACUUUUUGGUGAAGCGGGGGAAUGGAGUGGAUCCACACACACAAAUGAGAUAUGAUUCGGAAAGUGGAAAAUCUGCAGACUCAUCCUUUAUCUCCUUCGAAUCGAUUAACGCAUUCGAGCUGAAAAAGCACCAAGAAGGAGAAGCCGUUUUCUCAAGACUGUUCCAUAUGACCAAAGCGAAUAUGGAGCGUUUGUACAACGACAGCAACUUCCUAAAUCGUGGUUGGUCGGAUGAGAAGAAAUGGAAGGAGCUACGGAGCGACAAGUGCAAACUGAUACUGGGGUUUGUGCAGAAGGAUGAAGUUAAUGAAGAAGGGGUCAAAUUGGAUGAGGAAAAUGUGAGUGAGUCAGGGCUCACGCGGAAGGAACAUAAUUUCUCCUUUCUUCAAAGGGUAUGCAGCAAAGGGAAGAAUGAAAGUACCAAGGAUGUGGAUGAUUACCUGAAGAAACACCCUCUGGUCUGUUUUGUGCAUUACAGACUGACGGGAGAUUAUCCACCCAAUGCACACAGAACCAUCUGCUAUCUCUAUGAAAUUCAAAUCGUGCCAGAGUUCACUAAACUAGGGAUCGGAAAGCGCCUCAUUAAUAUGUUGGAGGCUCUCUGCAGACGAAUCAAUGUUGAUAAAAUUGUGUGCACCGUGUUGAAGAACAACGUCAAUGCGGUUUCGUUUUAUAAGACUAAGUGUUCCUUCGAGAUGGACGAGAGCUCGCCGGAUAACUUCGCUUCCGAGGACUCGGAGGAGUGCGAGUAUGAGAUAUUGAAGCGGGUCGUGUGCAAUCAGCACGCAUAA